GCUAUUCCCUACUCCAAAACACACUUCAUUCUAUACUCAUUAUCAUUCACAUCAACUUCAAUUCCCUUAAACCCUACCCUGUCUGUCUUCCCCAAGAAAGUGAGAGAAAGCUCUGAUCUCCAUCCAUGGCACCCUUCCAAAACCUCCUUUUCUUCUUCUUGGUUUUCCUAUUUUGCCCUCCAUGUUUCUCCUCCAUGUCCAUCCAUGAUCUGCUAAAAUCAAAAGGGCUCCCAGCAGGCCUGUUCCCUAAAGAAGUGAGCAAUUACACAUUUUCAGAGACUGGGCUUCUUCAAGUGUUCCUUGAUGAGCCUUGUCUCACCAAGUUUGACACCAUGGCCUUCUAUGACAGUGUGGUGAGUGCUAAUCUCACCCGUGGUUGCCUCACUGGCGUUCAGGGGUUCUCCCAGGAAGAGCUCUUUGUUUGGCUCCCUGUCAAAGACAUCAUCGUUGAUGACCCUUCUUCUGGCCUCAUUCUCAUUGAUAUUGGCUUGGCUCACAAACAGCUCUCCCUUUCCCUCUUUGAAGACCCCCCUGACUGCAAAAAAGAUGCAAGGGGUUUGAAGAAGAAGAGCAGGAAGAUGGAGAAGGGAUUUGAAGCUCAAAGAUAGAGAAAAGAUGCUUAAUUACUUCUUCUGUAUGUAUGUAUGUGUUGCUGUUUGAGUAGAAUAAAAUCAAAAACAGAAACAGUAGCAUUAUUGUACGUAUUAUUGUGUAUAAAAUAUGUUAGGAAUCUCUUCUUCCCCUAUUACAUCAACGCUAAUUUUCUAACUUUUGCUUC